AGCGCGCAGCAUGGCGAUCGGCAGUGCGCUGUGCCCCUCGGACACAGCGGAUCACCGAUCACGGAAGAGCCGAAGAUGUCGGCUCGGUCAUGUGAUCAGCUGUGUCCAAUCACAGCUGAUCACAUAGCACUGAUGAUCAGUGUGCCCUGAUGAUCAGUGUAGCCCCAGCAGUGCCACCUGUCAGUGUCCAUCAGUGCCUCGUGUCAGUGCCCAUCAGUACCACAUCAAUGCCACAUAUCAGUGCCUACCAGUGCACAUCAACGCCACAUAUCAGUGCCCAUCUGAGCUGCCUUUCAGUGUCACCCAUCAAUGCCAGUCAGUGCCACCUAUCAAUGUCAGUCAGUGCCACCUAUCAGUGCUGCCAGUCAGUGCCGCCUAUCAGUGCC